AUGAAACAAUCAGUUCCUCGCCCUCACAGGCAGAACUCAACCAACGGGAGCAGACGAUCCAAUAACACGAACAAUACCCCACGUACUAAUACCUUUUCAAGACAGAACAACGGCAACACGUCUAGCAACGGACAAGGCGAGUCGGAAAGGGCAAUUAAUGACAAAUUGAUUCAUUUGGUUGCAAAAUCAAUUGGUAAAAAGUGUAUUGCUACCGUCAGUUCUGGUGCUCGUUACCAGGGCCUCCUUUUAAGCGGUGACUUAUCAUCCACUGAACAACCAACAAGUCAAUCUCCAUCCUCCUUAUCGGUGAUAAUUCAAAACCCGCGUCUUUAUUCCAAAGCGUUGAUUGACGAAAAGAGUAAUAUUGUACCAGAUUCACUUCCUGAAAAGUUGAUUAUUCAGGCCAAAGAUUUGAUGGACUUGGAAGUUCAAGAUGUAAACAUAAAUGAGACAAAUGAUGUUGCUCCUAAUCCAGUUCCUGUUUCUUUGGAUUCUAAGUUUAAGACUGAUACGGACAUUUCUGGUAAGUUGAAAAUUAAAGAACGUGAACUUCAAAGGUGGGUACCUGAUGAUGAUUCUACCAUGCUUGCUUUAGAAGAUGAUUCCGGAGGUAAAUGGGAUCAAUUCAAAGUAAAUGAAGAAAAAUUCGGUGUAGAAUCUACUUAUGAUGAGCAUUUAUACACCACCAGAAUCAAUACUUCAGCUCCAGAUUAUGCAGAAAGAUUGAAACACGCCGAUAAAAUAGCAAGAGAAAUUGAAGGGUCUGCUUCAUCAGAUCGUCAUGUCUUGGAAGAAAGAGGAAUUGAAGUGGAUGACAGUGGAUUAGAUGAAGAAGAUAAAUAUUCCGGUGUUGAUAGAAGAGGCGAUGAGUUGAUGGCUGCAUUAAGAGGAGUGAAUAUCGGUGCCGCUCCUGCUUCCGCUGCACCUAACGAUGCUGCAGCUGAAAGUACUUCUCCAGGUAAAUAUGUGAUACCUAGACAAAGGGCGGCCCAAUAUCAUAAUGACCCGGCUAUCAUAUCUUCUUCUGCAACGAAACCUGCUCAAUCAACUAACACAAGUAUUGAUGCUAGUAGUAACGAUGUCAAAACUAAACCUGAUUCAAUACCUCCAAAGCCUCAAGUGCCAAAUGAAUCGUUUAGAUUAAAUGCUCAAAGUGAAAUUAACUCAUUGCGUGAAUUCAGUGCAAACUUUAAAAUUCCACAUAAAUUACCCCAAGAUUUAUUACCAAUAUUAUCCAAAGAUAAAAUAAAGCAAGACGAAAUAUUGAAGAAACAAAAGGAAUUACUGCAAAAGAAGGAACAAGAGAGAAAGUUGAGAGAAGAAGAGAAUGCCGAAGUUGCUUCUGCUGCUUCCUUAACAUCUUCAACUACUGGAGCCAAAACUGCCACUCCGGCUAGUUCCACACCUGCAUCGACAUCGACACCUGUUGAAUCGCAGACAGGUGCUAGAAAGAUUAAAAUGGAUCCAACCAAGCCAGCAUUCAAGCUUAAUCCAAACGCUGCUUCAUUCACGCCAUCAACAAAAAGUUCACAGUUGACUCCAACACCUCCAACACCAAACUUCAAUAAAUCCACUACUAAUAAUCAUUCGCCUAGGGCAAACCAGCAAAGACCUUAUUCUAACAGUAACAUGAAUAACAACUCGGGGCCACCAUCCUCUGGAUCCUCGAAUAAUAAGCGUCAUCAAGUCACGGCAGCAGAUUUCUUCGGAGGAAGCGACAAGAUUCCAACAAAGGCUGGACAAGAAAAGAAAGUUAAAGACUUCAAGCUUUCAUUUAAUAUGUUCUUCACGGUCAAGAAUAAGCAUGAAGAUAAGCUGACACCAGUUGAAUUUGAAAAGAUCUUCAUAACGCCACCUACAUGGGACUCCAAUGUAGAUGAAUCUCACGAUAAAUUAUUCCCAUCACCAAAUAAUAUCAAACCUCCAACUCCAAUUAUACCGAACAGCAGCACCAUGCCAUUCAUUCCCAACCAAAUGAUUGGUGCAGGGGGGGUGCCCGGAGGCACCGCUGGUGGUGCCGGUGGCAUGAUAGGUGGAAGUUACCCAGGUACGCCCAAUGUGGGAAAGUUCGCGAUGUCUCCGCAACAACAUCAACAGCAAUUGGCUGCUGCUGCUAUGGCUGCUCAUUUCCAGCAACAACAAUUCCAAGCUGCCAUGAUGUACCAACAGCAGCAACAGCAUCAGCAACAUCAACAUCAACCAAUUCAACACCACCACCAACAAUUCCCUGCUGGAAUUCCACAACAACCACCUAUUCCGAUGUAUGGACCAGGAGGAGAACCAUUUUUACCUCCAGGUGGAUAUUUGGGACCUCCACAAGGUUUCAUAGGGGCUGGGGGCAGCCCUAUUAAUGGUCAUAUGACCAUGGGAAUGAAUCAUUACAAUAGCCCCAACAUGAGCAAUUCGAGCAACAAACAAAGCGGUGGAAGAAAAUAUAGUCAUAACAAUCAGACCCCGCCAACGGGACCAAAAAAGGGAAGGAUGAACGAACAAUAA